AUGCCCGCUCUCCGCGCCAUCCUCCUCAGCGGCAUCCUCGGCGCGACAAACCUCGUGCGGGCCGACAACCCCUUUGUCCAGACUCGCUACACUGCCGAUCCCGCCACUCUCGUCUACCAAGACCGCCUGUGGGCGUUUACGAGCCACGACAAUAACGACGCCACUUGGUUCAAUAUGACGGACUGGCGUCUCUUCUCCACCGACGACAUGGUCAACUGGCAGGACCACGGCAGUCCCGCAGGCCUACGGACCUUUUCCUGGGCUCGCCAAGAUGCCUGGGCCCCUGGUGCAAUUGAGCGCGAUGGGAAAUUCUUUCUCUACGUCCCAGUGACCCCAUCCUCGGGCGGCGGCAUGGCAAUCGGGGUAGCCGUGGCGGACAGCAUUGCCGGGCCCUACACCGACCCACUCGGCGGGCCGCUUAUCCACAACGGCGAGUUCGACCCCACCGUUUUCAUCGAUGAUGAUGAUCAGGCCUACCUGUACUGGGGCAACCCGAAUCUGUGGUACGUGAAACUAAAUCGGGAUAUGGUCUCCUUCUCCGGCGCGCCGGCGCAAGUCGAACUCACGGCAGCCGGGUUCGGCCCACGGCGCGCCGACGUGCCCGCAGAAGGUCGCCCGACGGCUUACGAGGAAGGACCAUGGCUGCACAAACACAACGGGACGUACUACAUGACGUACGCAGCCAACUGCUGCGACGAGGAUAUCCACUACGCCACCGCGCCGUCGGCGACCGGGCCCUGGACGCACGGCGGGUUGCUCAUGGCCAGCCAGGGCGGGAGCUUCACCAACCACCCUGCCGUCGUGGACUACAAAGGGAAAGGGUACUUCUUCUACCACAACGGUGCGCUGCCUGGUGGGGGUGGGUUUCAGCGCUCGGUGGCGGUGGAGAGGUUCGAGUACGGCGCCGACGGGGGGAUUCCUACCUUGACCAUGACUACCGAGGGCCCACCGCAGAUCAAGGAGUUUAAUCCCUACGGCGAGGUUGAGGCGGAGACGAUGGCGUUUUCUCGCGGGGUGAGCACGGGCGUCUCUGCAGAGGGAGCGGUGUUUGUCAACAAGAUCAACGAUGGCGAUUAUGUCAAAGUGGGCGGGGUGAGCUUUGGUGAAGAGGGUGCGACUUCGUUUGCGGCGGUUGUGGCUUCAGGCCGGCGCAAGUGCGAGCGCCCGGCGGAGCUGCAAAUCAGGUUGGACGGGGAGGAUGGUGACCUUGUUGGAUCGUGCAAGGUGCCGGCAGACACUGGGGGAUGGGAGAACUGGACGACGGUGACGUGCGACGUCCAGGCCGCGACGGGGAUACAUGAUGUUUUCUUUCGGUUUGUGGGCAGCGGUGACGGCAAUUUGUUUAAUUUUGACUCUUGGAAGUUUGUAUGA